UGUGACGAGGAUCUCGCGCACACAGCACAGCGAACAUCACAGCUGAGUUCACUCCGCGUCUCCGCUCUGUCUCACGUUACUUGGCUUUACACUAACUACUAGACGACUUUCUUGCGUUUUUGCAUGAUUUGUGACGAAAGGCAUUUCAAGUGAAGCGCCUGAGGGAAAGAGAGCUGUUUUAUUUUUUUAGUGAAGAAGAGUAUAACAGCAGCAUUUGUGCAUACCAGUGGAAACGGAGGGGUGAGCAGCAGUCUCGUGGUACUCACCCCUCCUGGUCAGACUGCUGAUGCUGAAGAUGUUGACCCAUAGUGCAUGGCUGCUGUUCUUACUGUUGCUGGGUGUUGUGUCCACUCUGUGGGGUUACCCCUUCAGACCCCCGCUAGACCUGGAUGUGACCCCCAGAACUACAGUCCUCUCCAACGGGCUGUUGGGCCUCAGGCGCUUCAGAGGCUUGUCACUGAACUACAGUUUAUUGCUGCUGGAGGAGGAGGCAGGCGUGCUGUAUGUGGGAGCUAGAGGGGCUUUAUAUGCCCUGCAGGCUAGUGACAUCUCCAGCAGCUCUCUGCAGACCAUUGACUGGGAGGCAUCAGAUGAUCAGAAGCAACAAUGCUUGAACAAAGGGAAAGAUAACAAGACAGAGUGCUACAACCACAUACGAUUCCUCCAGAGGUUCAACAGCACACACUUGUUUACUUGUGGCACACAUGCUUUCAGUCCCCUGUGUGCAUACAUUAAUGGGAGAAAGUUUAAGUUCUCAUCAGCCUUCGAGGAGGGUCGAGAGAAAUGUCCAUAUGAUCCCAACAAAGGCUACACUGGCCUGUUGAUUGAUCAGCAGAUGUACACAGCAUCUCAGUAUGAGUUCCGGAGCUUUCCUGAUAUCCGACGAAACUCUCCGAAUCCCACACUGAGAGCAGAAGAGGCUCCAACUCAAUGGCUACAAGAGGCUGAUUUUGUGGGCUCAGCGCUGGUGAGGGAGAGCGUCAGUAGCUCAGUGGGAGAUGACGAUAAGAUUUACUUCUUCUUCACCGAGAAGAGUCAAGAGCUCAGUCCAUACUUCAGUCACAGCAGAGUUGCACGGGUCGCUCGUGUGUGCAAGAGAGACAGAGGAGGUCUCCUCACACUACAGAAGAAGUGGACCUCCUUCCUGAAGGCCCGUCUGGUGUGUUCUUUACCUGACUAUGAGUUUCACUUCAACGUGUUGCGGAGUGUGUUUUUUCUGGAGGGCUCCAGCUCUCAGGACUCUGUUUUCUAUGGCAUAUUUGGUCUGGAAUGGAAAAACGUAAAGGCGUCUGCUAUCUGCCAGUACUCGGUUUCGGAUAUCCAGUGGGCCUUUGAGGGUCCUUACAUGGAAAGCAAAGAGGACUCCAGCUCCAAAUGGACCCAGUAUACAGGGAAGGUGCCAGAACCGCGACCUGGCUCGUGCAUCACAGAUAAUCUUAGAGCAAAAGGCAUCAACUCAUCCACCAACCUGCCAGACGAUGUACUUCACUUUGUCCGUCGCCAUCCGCUCAUGUACAGACAGAUCCUUCCUCAAGAACAGCACCCCCUGCUGUUUAGGAGGAAUGUGGACUACACCAAAAUUGCUGUACACAGAGUGACUGGUCUAGAUGGUCAGAUAUACCACGUACUCUUCAUUGGGACAGAUGAAGGUUGGCUGCAAAGGGCUGUGAAGGUUAUUGGUCAGCUGCACAUCAUUGAGGAGCUGCAGCUCUUUGAGGAACCCCAGCCAGUGGAAAGUAUAGUCAUCUCUGAGAAACAGAUGAGUGUGUAUGUGGGUUCGCCCACCUCAGUGGUGCAGUUGCCCUUGUCCACAUGCAGCAGAUACUCCUCAUGCUUUGACUGUGUGAUGGCGCGUGACCCCUUCUGUGCCUGGGAUGGACUGGAGUGUGUGGAGAUUACAUCACACAACAGAAGAGACAAUCUGACACAGGAUAUUCUGAAUGGAAACCAGGGCUGUGAUGAAUCCACAGCAGAUGACCAAGUGUUACACCGCUCUCGCUCUGUGAUGGCGGGUGAUGACGUGCUGCUUCAGUGUGAGCUCAGCUCUAAUCUGGCAACCCCUGAGUGGAUGCUGAAUGGAAAGGAACUGCGGGGUUACGGACUGGACUCCGGUUACCGCGUCGGCACUGACGGUCUCCUGGUCAUCGAGGCACGGCCUUACCAGAGCGGCGACUACUGCUGCUUUGCCCUGGAGAAUGGCGUCCAUGUUCCUGUGGUGAUCUACAGCUUGACAGUUCGCAAGGAGCUUCCCGCACCUCCUCCUGUUGAGCCAACGCGGCCACGCUUGACCACAUCGAUGUACUGGACCAUUCAAUCUUCCAAAAGUGACUCCACGGAGGACUUCUAUCCAACCCCAAUGUCCCCUCGCUUCGAGUUCCUGUCUGCGAGGAACAUGGAGGCCAUGUACCUAUCCCUAAUCACAAUUCUAGGAAGCCUGUGUUUUGUUCUAACAGUCAUUCUGAUUUAUGUGGGAUUCUGUUUGCAAGGACGGAGGGGUAAAUACUCUUUACGGGCUGCAGCUCGUGCCGAAAGAAAGCGAGGUGCCCACAUGGAGCUGAAGACCAUCUCCAGCCACUGCAACGGGAAACCGGAUGCUCACGAUGGUCUGCUGCAGAUCGUCCCUGGAGAAGCAACAACAUCACCCAACAAAGAGCUUCCUCCUGCUCCACCUCUCCCACCGCCACCAGAAUCAGAGUACGUCAAUGGACUCUCUGCCACUUUACCCAGCGUCUUACGCAAGAUGAAUGGCAACAGCUAUGUGUUGCUGAGACAGACAGAUGGAGACACCACGUCUCCGCUCUAUUACUCCUUCACAGAGGAGCUCAACAGGAUCCUGGAGAAGAGGAAGCACACACAGCUGUGUAUUAAACCUGAUGAGAGCUCGGUGUGAAAUUAACCUACCCUGUGGAGAUGCGUUUGAACUGCUGGUGUCCUCUCAAGUGUUCAAGGGCAGUGCCAUCGUAUAAUACCCCUUCUUCACCCAGACUAGCUUUAACGGGAUGCUAAUGAGUAGCCACAGCUGCUUUUAUUGGAAGAUAAACAAAGCGUUGGUAUUCCUCUAAAAGGAACAAAGUCCCUCUCGGUUUACAUUUCAAAUGUAGAGCUUGAGACUUUCAACAGACUGAGGAAAGCCCACUGGUCACAAAUAGCAAAGAACAGACACAUACAAUGGAAAUUCUACCUCAGCAAAUGGUAUCGCACAGCUUUUGGCUUGUUUCAGCAUGCUUGCUUUAAAUUCGAGUUGGAGUUAAGGAUGUAUAGUCGGGGACACGCAGCAAGGGAAUAUUCAAAACAAAAGAGCUCAUCUGGGGGAAUCAAGUAAAUGAUUCAGGUACAAACUGGUUGGAAGAAACAUUUACAAGGCAGCAUUGUAAAAAAAGCAACAAGAUGAACUCAAAUGGAGGUAUCGCCCCAGAAUGGAGCAAAACGUGUGAAAACUCUAGUGCCGUAAAGAACUGAAUGUCUUUGAUAUGUCCUUUAUUUUAAUAUUUUCUAAUUUAUGCCAACACUGACCAUAUCAGUAACAGCUUGUAAUAAUAAUCAUAAUUAAAAAGAGCAGGGAUAACAGACUUUAAAAACAAUUAGAAAUGCACUUGAUGGUACUAAUAGUGUAAAUAUGGCAUUUAUUGAUAGUUUCACAGGAGUGGGAACCCAGGAAGCUGACAGUAUUAACCACUGAGAUGCACUUUAUGGACCGGUAGCAUUUGUUUUCCGUGAGGUGCUGCUUAUUGUGACAGGUCUGGAGAAGACGGAAUGGAUUACAAGGACAGGACCAUUGCGAAAUAUGUGAAAGCGACAAUAUGAAUUGACUCUGAAUUGAAACUGCUGCAAGAGGGAGGACUAAGUCUCUGUUUAAUCCUGAGAAAUGGAACACUAAAUAUGUCUGGAUUUGUUUGACUUAAGAUCUGUUAUGUCUCAGAUAUGUAUGUCUCUUGUAGUAUGAUAAGUCCACAUGCACAAGAAUUGACAUGAUUCCUUUUCGGAAUCCUUCAUCAGAAUUCCGGGGUCAUUGGCUGCUAGGUCUCCAUGGCAACCACAGAGCAGAGGUAAAGCUGAUGCUGACCUUCUUAGAUUAUCCUUUUGACAUGACCAAUUAUUACAGCACUUCUUACAGCCAGGUCUCACAGUCUUAACAGGAAUUAACGAAUUAGCACGACGACGUGAAAUUAGGCUUCUGCUGCCAGUAAAUGAACUAAAUUCAGUUCUAGUCGGGACAUGAUGAACAAUGAGUAUUGUAACAUGGUGAUAUUGGGGGGGUUAAUUAUUCCCUACACUUCCAGUAAGUCCAUUAAACUGUGUAAAUGUUCGUCCUGGAAUUUCUCCAACUGCUCCGACUGCCCACACUUGCGUGCAAGAGCAUUUUGGCAUAUCUCCCACUAUACUUAAGGGGAGCGAAGCACCUGGUUCUGACUGUUUAGAUCAGAAUAUGCAGAUUGCAAUGGAGCCGAGUGGAGAACAUUAAGGCCACAUGUUCAGAACAGAGCUAAGAUGAGCACUGCUGAUAGUGCAGCUUGCUCUCUCCCUUAUGCUUUGUGUUCAGACUUACUGUUUUUGGUUUGUUUAGUAGAACUGGACUUAC